AUGAAGGGUUAAUAAUGACCAAUUGCGCUCUGGUUCCCCUGCUGCAGGGUAAUUAGGCAAGGCAAAAAAGGCGGUCGUUCCACCGCGCGCACCAGGACGUCAGAGGACGUCCUCCAUUCCUCCGAACAAGAUGCGUCACUUUUCCUCCGCCACAGUCUUUUCCGCCGCCUCCACAGUACUCGCGCAAGUGCUUACGAGUCACGAAUCACGAAAUCCGCCACGGGCGUUCUCAGAAGCCCGUUCGACGGUUGCGCUAGACCUACGCACGGAAAUUCCUCCAAUCUGUUUAGGUCACCCUUUCUGACGAGGUGCGGUGUCUUGUGCCCGUACCUACCGCCUACAACGCGGCUACGAUCGGGCCAACUUCAUCCGCUUGCCUCGAUUCCGACGCGCGGCCCGGCCUGCUCUCACUGCUCUCAUUCAUAA